AGCAUGCUCCACACCGAGGGUGGCAGGAACAUGAACGGAGCAUGCCCAGUAGGUCCACCCUGAGCGUGCUGCACAUCCCUGCUAGCUGCCGCCAUGGUCCAUAUCAGCAAGGUGGAGUCGGGAGACUGGCUGACCGCCUACCUCAAAUACUUACUCUUCAUCUUCAACCUCUUGUUCUGGGUGGGUGGGGCAGCGGUGACGGCCGUGGGCGCCUGGAGCCUGGUGGAGAAGAGCCACUACCUGAGCGUCCUGCCCUCCAGCACCUUCGCCGUCUCCGCCUACAUCCUCAUCUUCGCCGGGAGCCUCGUCCUGGUCACCGGCUUCCUGGGGUUCUGCGCCGUGGUCCGUGAACAGCGGGACUGUCUGUCUGUGUAUUUCUGCCUGCUGCUCGGCAUCUUCCUGGUCGAGCUGGUGGCUGGGGUCCUCGCUCACGUGUACUAUCAGAGGCUGAGCGAGGAACUCAAGCAGCACCUGAAUCGGACUCUGGUGGAGAGCUACGGUCAGCCCCAAGCCCAGGACAUCACACACUCAGUCGACCGACUGCAGCAGGACUUCAGAUGCUGCGGCAGCCACAGCUCUGCCGACUGGCAGUACAGCGCCUACAUCCAGUCGCCCGAGGCCGCCGGCCGUGCGGUACCCGACAGCUGCUGCAAGACACUCGUAGAGCUUUGUGGUCAGCGGGCUCACCCCUCGAACAUCUACAAAGUGGAGGGCGGCUGCAUCACCAAACUCGAGCAGUUCCUGGCUGACCAUCUCCUCCUCAUGGGUGCCGUAGGAAUUGGCGUCGCCUGUCUGCAGAUCUGCGGGAUGGUCUUCACCUGCUGUCUACACCGGCGUUUUCAGCUGGAGUCGUACUGAGGGUCCGCAUCGGGGCCGAGACACCGCGGCCCCCGCACACUCGGCUGCCAUCCCUGCUCGCUGACGGACAGAUGACAGAUCUAUCUCUGGUAUCUCGGAAGUCACCGCCCUCAGAGCUCAUUGGGGCAUACUGCCGUAAUUCCCCAUCUAUGAGAGGCAGCACCAAAUGCCAAGUUAGUUUCCGCCCAGGAAACAGAUUUUAAAUUGCCUUAAAGUUGAGCCGCAACAUGUAAGCCGCCAACUCUGCUCUGCCCCCCACCCCCCCAGCCCUGCUUUGAUGGGUACAUUACAGGUGGGACAUUAUGAUAGUGGUUCCAGCCCUGGCCCCGGACCCAACAGUCCUUUGGCCACUUUCCCACUCUGCCUUGGCCUGCUCUGCCCCCAAAUCCCCUACCCUGUUUUUUCGGGCACAUUACAGGUGGGACAUUCCGGUACUGGCCAAAGCUCUGGCCUCUGACCCUACGGUCCCCUGGCCACUCCCCGACCCUUCUGGAGGCCUGCUCUGUCUCUCCCCAUCCCACCCCACCCUCCACUCCAGCCCUGCUUUGACAGGUGCAUUAUAGGUAGGACAUUAUGGUACUGGCCCCAGCCCUGGCCCCUGACCCCACAGCCCCCCGGCCAUUCCCUCACCCCACUGGCAGCCUUGCUCCUUCCCACACGCCCCUUCCCCUUUCUUCUUUCCCCCUCCCUCCAUUUCCUCAGCCCCAAACUGUUCCUUUCCCCUACCCCUUUUAACAUCCCCACCCUCCCCUCCUUUGACCCUUUUUGGGCUUGUCACUGUUGGGCUUUCGUGGACUCUCCUCGACCACAGCCCUGCCUUUGAGCCAGCCAUCCACCCAUCUUUCUGUCCCCCCCAUCUGGCUGAGCCCCUCUCCAGGUCAGGCGAGCUGCUUCUGUUCUCGGGUUCCAAAUUUGGGCAACUCUCGACUCCCCCACAGACGACCCCACUGCUCCUAAGGUACCUAGCAUUGUCUCUGUCUCCCUAUGAGUCCGUCUUCGCUGAUAUGUCUCUCAUCAACCCUGUCCUCCAUUCUCAGUCGUGGAGCCCUUUGACCAAGUGUAAGUCUCACCCAUGGGUUUCCCCCCCAGGAUUUAGUACAGUGCUCUGCACACAGUAGGCACUUAAUAAGAGAAUGUAUGAACAAACAAUCCAAAAACAAAUAUACCCAGCCAGGUCUCUACCUCCAACUUGGCCAAAUGCCUUUUCAUUUGUUGCUGGACACAUUUCUAGCUUCCAAAAUGCAAGGAGGAUACUGAGGAACCCUCCAAAAUGACGUGUUAGUCACUGCAGGCCUUCAGCAGCAAUAUCCCUAAACCACACUAAAACCACAUCUUUUUUUGGUAUUCCAAUUUUUAGCUCACCUAGGCCCUUAACGUGUACUUGGUCUGAAGCCCUGUGGAGCUCAUCACCUACAGUGGGACGGCACCCAGGCCCGUUGAAAUUUGACUUCAUUUAAUUCCACUGAUUUCGCCAAUAACCAGGUUUGGGUUUCUGUGUCACAUAAUUCUAACACUUCCCCUCCACGACAUGUGAUCUGUAGAAACACACGUACAAAUGCAAAACCCCCACAAACCGCCAUAGGGAAUACAAGGAAAAUCACAAAAUCCUUUCAGGAGAAAGGAGCCAUCACAAAAGAUGCACAUUCCAACAUGAAACACAAAUCCCGUGAUUAAGUUGUGGUAAACUGUGUUUUCUUGCUAACAGCCAUGCACAGCACUUGCUGGAGGUGGAAAUAAAGGAUUUAGUGGAAGAAGAGUUUGCCCAAGGGGAUUACACCCUCAGGAGACUACAUUUCCCGGAAAGCAAAGGGCUAGUUCCGGCCCUAGGCUGGUAGACAUAGCAAACCACCUUCAGGGACUACUUUCCCAGAAGGUUAAGGGUGUUUUCUACUCUUAGACAGGAGUUAGUCGUUCCAUCGCCUGCAAAGAAGUCUUUCCUUGGCCUUUCUGGGAAGGUAGCUUUAAAGGGAGAUGCACUGAGUCAUUUUUCCCACACUAACAUUUUCUACUCUCUGACCCUGGCUCUCACCUGGGGCUGUGUCAACUGAGGAACAGCAUGGCUCAGUGAAAAGAGCAUGGACCUGGGUUCCCAUGUGGCCUCUGUCACAUCCUCUGUGUGACCUUAGGCCAGUGACUUCACUUGUCUGUGCCUCAGUUUCCUCAUCUGUAAAAUGGGAUUUUAUGACCUGUUCUCCCUCCCCCUUAGACUGCGAGCCUCAGGUGGGAUGGGAACUGUGUCCUGUCUGAUUAUCUUGUAUCUACUCCAGGCUUAGUACAGUGCUUGGCACAUAGUAAGUACUUAACAAAUGCCACAGUUGUUACGACUCUGCCAAUUCCAGCCCUUUGCUUGGGGACGUGCUGUUGGCAGGGAAGCAGAAGGGCAUAGUGGAAAGAGUGCAGGAUGGGGAGUCAGGAGAUUUGCAGAGCCCCGGUUCUGCCAUCUGCCUGCCAUGUGACCAUGAGCA